GCCACGUGACCCCAGCUGCCAUGGCGGUGGUUCCCGGAGGUCCCCGUUCCGGGCCUGCGGCGCGCGCCCAGUUUUUCUGCACAGCGGGCCGCGGCCUAGAGCCCUUCCUGAUCCGGGAGGUGCGGGAGCGGCUCGCUGCCACCCAGGUUGAAUACAUUUCAGGAAAAGUUUUUUUCACUGCCUGUUCUGACUUGAAUAUGCUGAAACAAUUGAAAUCUGCAGAAAGGUUAUUUUUGCUGAUUAAAAAGCAGCUUCCAUUUCCUGUUUCUUCUGUAAGUAAAGGAAAAAUAUUUAAUGAACUGCAAAGACUUAUAAAUGAUGAUCCUGAAAGUUGGUUGAAUGCCAUUUCAAUUUGGAAGAAUCUUCUUGAACUUGAUGCAAAAAAGGAAAAACUUUCUCACAAAAAUGCUAACCCACUCAAAAGGAAAGUAGGAGAAGAUGAUACCGCUGCUAAGAAAUUGAAAACAGAACAAAUCCAAGAGAUCCAAGAGACUAAGGAAUGCCAGCUGGAAAAACAAAUAGAAGAAAAACUAUUGGAGCAAGGAAAUUUUAUCACUGAAGAAGGAAAAUUUCAAGAACUUCAGAAUGAUGUAAUGGAAGCUGCUGAUACACGUAACCAGACCGACUUAACUUUCAGAGUCUCCUGUCGCUGCAGUGGAGCCAUUGCAAAGACCCUUACUGCACAGGAGGUAGGAAGAGUAAUUGGAAUUGCUCUUAUGAAACAGUUUGGAUGGAAAGCAAAUUUGAGGAAUCCAAAUUUGGAGAUCUUUAUACAUCUAAGUGACAUUUACUCUGUGCUGGGAAUUCCUGUGUUCAGGGUUCCUUUAGCCUGCAGAGCGUACAUCAAGACAGCAGGGAUGAGAUCUACCAUAGCCUGGGCGAUGGCCUCCCUCGCAGAAAUUAAGGCUGGUGCAGUUGUUUUAGACCCAAUGUGUGGACUUGGAACAAUACUUUUGGAAGCUGCUAAGGAAUGGCCAGAUGUGUAUUAUGUGGGUGCUGAUGUCAGUGACUCCCAGUUAUCAGGUGCAUAUGACAAUCUGAGAGCUGCAGGCCUCAAGGAUAAGAUUGAGUUACUUAGAGUCUCUGUUAUAGAAUUGCCAUUGCCAUCAGAAAGUGUCGAUAUUAUUAUUUCUGAUAUUCCAUUUGGGAAAAAGUUUAAGUUAGGAAAAGACAUCAAAAGGACUCUGCAGGAGAUGGAAAGAGUGCUUCGUGUUGGCGGGACCAUCGUGCUGUUACUCAGCGAAGAUCACCACAGGCACCUUAAGGGUGGUGAGGCGAGUAGCGGCCCUUUGAAUUCCCAGGGCGGCCGCACAGAGGAACCUGGAGGCGAAGAGUGCUUGACUCCUGCAGGAAAAGCUGCUGUAUCAGAGCCAGCGUCAUCCUCAUUCGUAGCCGGCAACCAGGAGUGCUUGGACAGAAUGCCACCGCUUGGCUCUUUGGUGCCAGUGGACUGCUACAGAGUGAGCCUUGGAAAAACAGACGCACUCAUCUCCAAGUAUAAGAAGUCGUCCUCCCCUGGGCGAUAGCGGCCUGCUGCUACUGAGUCCUUACAUGUCAGCUGAACAGAGUAGAAGGCAGUUGUCUCAGGGGUCUUAACAGUGCCAGAGAGUUCCAAGUCAACAGAUUCCCCUAAAACAGGGUUGUGGCUGCUGGACGCCUGUUCUUCCAUAAGAACUUCUGUCUAACACUCUGAAGAGUGUUUCUGACAGAGGACAAUUAACAGAUAUUUGAACUAAAGGACUCUUAAACCUGCCCUUCUGUCAAAAUGUGAAUAGGUCUGCUCUGCCCACACUGUUUCUAAGCAGAAGCUUCAACUUCAAAGCCAAGGAUUUCAGAGGCUCACCAUAAAGUAUAUCUCAGUCACCACAAAUUUGAUACUAUCUUCAUUGUCAGGUUUUUUGAAACAUAGAAACUUUUAUUUUUUAAUAUUAACUUCUUUUGAUAUUUAACUUGAUUUUUUGAAUCUAUAAUUUUCUUCUCCAUUUUAAAUGAAAAGAACUUUUAUUCACAGUACAUUUUUUAUGCCCCCAUAUUAUGUAAAGCAUCAGUGGGAAUAAUAAUAUGAAUUAAACCAAUAUCCUCCAACAUGAUGGAAAGUAAAGUUUUGGUUUUUUUCUAAAAGCAUUGUCACUUCAUUCCUAUUUAAAUGCAUCCUUUGUGUUUACUUCUUAAGGAAACAGUUGAUGAAAAAUAUGAUUUUUUUCCAUAGCCUAAUAAAGCUUCAUGGCUGCUUUGGUACCAUU